CAAGCCACAAUUUCUUGAUUUACCACAAAUGCUAGGUUUGGUGAAAAGUUUGUCCUGAAUAAACAUUACAUUUCAUAAUGUCUCAGUGAGUAUUAAAUGAAGACGUUGCGAAAAAAUAAAAUAGACAUUCAUUAUAAUUACAUUGUCAACGAUAUACUGGGAGUGUCAUACAGAUGCGCUGACCUUCGUUUUGAUGCACAACGCACAACAAAGCAUCAAAUUGACGGCUGCCCUAUUUUCACAACAAUAUUUCGAUAUGUAAAGCUUUAUUUCCGUGAUACAUUGUGAACGUGCAGUUUAACAGUGUUUAUUGUGUAUGUGGAAAGUUAAACGAUAAUGGAAGCUGCGACUACGCCAACAACUUUUAUUGGUGUAUGUUACGUUACCAGAGCGAAGACUUUCUUUUUAACUUCCAGGAUAAAUUUAGUUAUCUUUAAAAUAUAAAGCUUAUUUACGAUCAAGAUGAACGAAAGGGAUAUUCCCAGUGUCCCUAUUACAACAUUAGCAGGAGUUGCUAGCUUAACUGACUUGCUUCCAGUACUUCCAUUACCCACACCUCUCCCAUCUACACUCAACAACAAAUCCCAAUUAUUUCAUCCCAGGGUUGCAGAAGAAGCAGCAAUUUUACUUGCUACAAGAGAUGAUAGUUUGGUGACACUUUUAUUGCAAUCUCUUAUGCAAACAUCUGUUGAACAUAUAGACUUGAAAGAUGAAACUAUUCCUAAUGCAGUGAGUCCUGCGCCACAGCAAGCUACUCCAGAGUUAUUAAAAGCUAUUCUUAAUGUGAAUCCAAAUGUGUUUGUUCAACAGCAAACAAAUCACUGGGACAAUCAUUUAAACACUACUAAAUUUAAUGGUAUAUCUCCCUCUCCUACAUUUAAUUAUACAUCACACAACACAGUAAAUUCAAGCCCGACAUCACAUGGUACAACAGUCCAUUCAGCUUCCAUUCCAAAUCAACAGCUUUUGGCACCGCCAUGUCAAUCCUCUCCACAUGUUAACAUUGGCUCUCCACCUUCCCAAACACGUCCCGGAAGCCAAAUAAGUAUAACGGCACAAAACAACAUCUCACCUCCAUGGAGUGCUACAAACCAACCGAACACAUACACAAGUCCGAUUACAAAUACUUCUUGUUCAAAUCCACAAAACGGGGGUUUUUACAAUAGUCUUCUGCAAGACAGUGGAAACUUUGGAACAAGUAUAAGUGAGGAUAAAGAUCCACUUUCAGAUUCCCCUACAAAUUUACCAGAUCAACAAAGGCUCUCAAUGCAAUCUCAGGAAAAAGUCUUUGAACAAGGUGGGAAUGUUAUGCCUGGUCAAUCUCCUGCUCAAGCAAGUGUAGCUCCAUCACCAUUACGACAAGAACCACAAGUGCCUCAACCUUCCAUGGGUGCGCCAUAUGCGCCACCACCAACCUUGAAUUCCAUUCAAGAAAAACAAGACCCAACAAGUAGCCUGAAUGUAGUAAAUAAUAGAUAUCCUGUAGUAAAAAUUGGUCGACUUUCUGAAGGAAUGUUAAAGAAACACGAAUUCACAAAUGAUGAAACACUUAGAAAAAAUAAUACUAUAGAUUCUGAUUCUGAUGAUAAUGCGCCAUUAAAAGCUAGAAUAACUAACACUGCUCAACCUGUUGAUAAAGAAAGGGAAGCAAUUGAUAUAGCUAGAGAAAAGAAUUGGGAAGCAGUGAAGAGAAAACAUGAAGAAGCUAAUAAAAAAGGAGAAUCUGAAACUGCAAUUGUCCGACCUAAGUUACGGAAAGUUGAACGAAGAUUAGUACCUGUGCUAGAAAUGUUGUCCGUUGAUGAGCUUAUGGAAACCAACACCUAUCAGAGGUUCAGUAAACUAAUUGACUCUGCAUUUGAAACGAUUGAUGAUGAUGUCAUUAUAACAGAUGAAAUGGAGGGACCAGAUAUUCCAGAAGAAUUAUUGUUACCAAGGUUUCAACUUCAGGAACUGUGUUCUGAAGCUGCAAAAUUAAAAAACCUUGGUGCUAUGGAAGCUAUCCCGUCAGAUAGGCUUGUAAGGUUAUUAAAUAUAUUAGAGAAAAAUAUUAGAGCAGCUGAGAAGAUGUCACUUGUAGGAGAUCCUGAGGACAGUGAAGAGAUGCGUCAGAUAUGGUUGGAAUCAGCAUUAGAGAGAGUAAUGUGUGCAGCUGAUGCGUGUUUGACAGCCCUGUACAUAAUGACUUCCCCGAGUAUGCCCAAGCGCAUAUUUUUAGAAGAUGUUAUUGACAGAAUUAUAAUGUUCAUAAAGUUUCAACUUAACAACACCAUUUAUUGUGUAUAUGACCCAGUAUAUAGUAUCCAGACUACAUCUAAAAAGAAAGUGGAUGGACGCAAGCGUCGCGGGGGCGGGGCUAGUCACGGCGUGAAGCGUAGCGGUACGGGUUCAACACGCGCAAUCCGCGAGUUGUACACGCAUGCGCACGAGUGUGUCACGCUGCUGGGCGAACUAUUCGCCGGUCACCACCUCACCGACACCACGGUGCUUCACGCCUCCACUGUCGCCGUCUCGCCCUUCUUUGUCGAGAACGUGAGCGAACUGCAACUGUCCGCGCUCAAACUCGUCACGACGAUAUUCACGAAAUAUGAACAGCAUCGACGUCUGUUGUUGGAAGACAUAUUGUCGUCGAUAGCCCGAAUACCCAGCUCCAAGCACAAUCUCCGCUCGUUCCAGCUCAGCUCCGAUCAACACAUACAGAUGUUGACAGCGCUUGUGCUGCAACUCGUACAGUGUGUUGUCACCUUACCGGAGACAUUAUGCAAGAAACAUGAUAAGGAGAAAGACACAGAGGCCGAGAGCAAAAAGCGCGUUGAUAAAGAUCUUCUGAUAAUAUCGAAGUAUGAAGCGGCAAUAAGCGUGGGUGGUACGUUCUUGACGUCGUUCCUGAACAAGUGUCGGAGUAGAUCCGAGGAAGUGGACUUCAGACCCCUGUUUGAGAACUUCGUACACGACCUGUUGACCACCGUUAACAAACCCGAGUGGCCGGCCACCGAAUUGCUGCUAAGUCUUCUUGGAACUAUGCUUCUGAAGUACAUGUCGGACAAGUCCAUGGAGAUGUCUGUGCGCGUGGCCUCGCUGGAGUACCUGGGCCUUGUGGCGUCCCGGUUGCGGCGCGACAGUGUCAACUCGCGUGCCAAGCUCUCCACUAUGGACGCCGUCAUCAAGGACAUCCGCGCCGAGGAGGAGAAGGAUGGCACUCAUGGACACAUUCCGUCAACGGGCUUAGACGAAGAUGAAGAAAGAACUGAGUUCUUACAAAGAGUGUUACUAGAUUACUUAGCUAUAAAUGGACAGAAAGAUGAGGCAUGGAAUUGUUCGAGACAUUUUUAUAUAACCCAGUGGUAUAGAGAUAUGGUUGUUCAGCCGAAAGCGUCGCCCACGAAAAAGCCUAAAAAUAAAUCUAAGAAACGCUACAAAGAUGAGAGCAGUGAAGAGGAAUCGGAUGAUGACGACAGUGAUGGUGGCAUAAAAGAUUCUAAAUCAGAUAAGAAACACAUCUCACUUGCUGUGCUGUCUGCUGAAAAAUUUAAAACAAUUGAACGCCGCAAGAAAUUCUUCUUGGAGAAGAUUAGGCCAUUUCGCUACCAAGGUGGAACUCAAGUGCAAGUUAUGCAGUCGUAUAUUGAUUAUAGUGGAGCGGAAUUGAUCUCACAGUACUUGGCAUCGAAAAGAUCGUUUUCGCAAAGCUUUGAUAAGUAUUUGAGAAAGAUUUUGCUUAUUUUGUGCGAGAAUACAAUCGCAAUUAGAACUAAGGCUAUGAAGUGCUUGACUAUGAUAGUGGAGGCGGACCCGUCGGUAUUGGGGAGGCCGGACAUGCAGAUUGGUGUUAAUCGCUCCUUUCUAGAUCAAUCUACGGCUGUGAGGGAAGCGGCUGUUGAUUUAGUUGGUAAAUUCGUGCUCAGUCGGCCGGACCUUAUCGACAAGUAUUAUGGAAUGCUCUCUAACAGAAUAUUGGACACAGGUGUUUCAGUAAGAAAACGGGUGAUAAAAAUUUUAAAAGACAUAUGUAUAGAAUGUCCGGAGUUUCCGAAAAUCCCUGAAAUUUGUGUGAAAAUGAUAAGGCGGGUAAAUGAUGAGGAAGGGAUACGUAAACUGGUAAUGGAAGUAUUUCAGAACAUGUGGUUCACGCCGUGUCCCAUCACCACUUCUAGGCCCGGCACCCUCGAUAUAACUUCGGCGACAGCUGAUCCUCUCAUAAGGAAGGUCCUUAACAUCACUGAUGUCGUAAUAUCGUCCAGAGAUAUGGGCCUCGAAUGGUUUCAACAGUUGUUAAUGAGUCUAUUCAAACCGAAAGAGGAUAAGGAUGAUUCAACAAAAAUAAUAUAUCAACCGCCGAAAUCGUUGUUACUAGCGUGUCAACAAAUUGUAGACUGCCUAAUAGAGCAUUUGUUGCAGUUAGAAGAAACGAACGCAGACGGCAGUAAUGUCUUAUCACAGCGCAUACUGGCGUGCUUAUCCACGCUGCAUUUGUUUGCUAAAAUAAGGCCACAUUUGCUGGUAAACCAUGCACUGACGUUGCAACCGUACCUCAGCUUGAAGUGUCAGAACCAAUAUGAGCAGCAAAUAAUGUCAACCGUGGCAUCGACGCUGGAGUUGGUAGUGCCUCUAAUGGAACAUCCAAGUGAAGUGUUUCUGGCUCAGCUGGAGGAGGACGCGGUCAAGUUGGUGCUCCAGAGUGGUCCGGGAGUGAUCACCUCGUGUAUCGCCUGCCUGGCCGCUAUUGUCAAUACACUGACACACAAUUAUAAACUCAUCAGGGAUGUCUUCAGCAAAUAUCAUAGUGUAUUAUUGCAGUGGAAACAAAAUUGGCAGAGGAACCCGGAGCUGACACGAUCACUGAACACUCGACCGCAAUUCAGAAGAGCUCUGUUCAUCGUCGGACUCCUGCUGCGAUACUUCGACUUUACUGACAGCAAAGUGAUUGACGGAUUACCGAGUGACAUAAAGGACCAAGUGUUCAGUACGCUGAUGUUUUUUGUGAACCUCGAGGACGAGGCCUUCGUGUCGCACACUUUGAAGGCUCUCGGGUCGGUGUGCGUGAGACACUACGAGUUCAUGCUAACGCCCGAGCUGAAGGAGUUCUACCACCACAUGCUCACGUCGAGCCUCGCGCCCAUCGAGAUGAAGGCGGACGUGCUCAGGAAUAUCGAGAUGUACUUACAGGAGGAGGAGCAGAGGAUGAUACGACAAGACAAGGAAUGGUCAAAAAGAUCCAAAAUGGAGAAUCUGAAGGAAAUGGGUGAUGUUUCAUCUGGUAUGGCAUCGACGGUGAUUCAGUUGUACCUGAAGGAGAUCCUGGACUCGUUCCUCCACCCGAGCACCAUUGUUCGGUCCAGUGCGAUGAAGGUUGUGCAGUUGGUGCUGGCUCAGGGGCUGGUGCAUCCAGUACAGAUCGUUCCAUAUCUUAUAAGCAUGAGUACCGACACGGAAAUCACCGUUUCACACACAGCAGACAAAAACUUGCAAGAAAUAGAUAAAAAGUACCCGGGAUUUAUACAUAUGAAAGCACAGCUUGGCAUCCGACUUUCUUACCAGCUGCAAAAGAUCUUACAAAACGAUAACAAUGGGGUCAUAAGAGGAUUUAGGAAAAAGGAUCAAGACGAAUUACCAUCGUCAUUGAAUGGUUUUUUAUAUUCAUUAUUGAGGAACACGAGGCCCCAACGACGAGCCCUCGUAUUGUCGCUGCUCAAACAGUUCGAUGACGCCUCUACGGCGCCAUUGGAUCAGAUGAUGUUUCUUGCGGAUAAUCUCAGUUAUUUUCCAUAUCAAGUACAAGAUGAGCCACUUUUUAUAAUACAUCAUAUAGAUAUUAUUAUUUCUACGUCGGGGUCCAAUUUAUUACAAAUAUUUCGUGAGGGUUUGAUUAAAACGGAUGUGGAGGAGAAAGAGCCUCUCGAGGAGGAAGAGGAUGAAGAGGAAGCGGAGACGCUGGUGUGUCGCGUGCCUGAAGAUGCACGGCCUCUGCGGGACGCCAUGCGCCAGGCGCGAGGCUGUCUGCUGCUGUUGGUGCUCAAGCAGCACCUGAAGCAGCUCUACGGACUCACGGACGCUAAAAUAAAUCAGUAUUCACCGUCGGAGAACGUGAAGGUGUACGAGAAAGCGGUGUCGCGGCGACUGGCGCCCGUGUUCGAGCCCGCGGCGACCAUCGCGCAGCUGAAGGAGGGAGACGUGGACGACGACCUCGACGAGCGGGGGCGGCGGAGACUCGUAGAAGAUUAUUUAGAGUUUAAGCAGUUGAUGCUGAAAUUCGAUCCAGACGAAGAGGAAGAGGAGGAGACGGCCGCGGGUAGCAGCGGUGUCGCGAGUGGAGUGGGCGGGGCCCCGGGCGGGAAGGGGGCCCCGCCCCCCGCCGCGCCGCCGCCCGACACAUAGCGCCCCGCGCGAGAGCGACUCACCGCGCUGACACUGUGACAGGACACUGAGUGCGACCCCAAUGACGAUCUUUUAUAUUCAUUUUAUUUAUUCGAGCGUGAUCCGCGACCCGACCUCAUCUCGCGUUAUGUUUGAUUUCGUUCAAGUCUCGUGUGUAGAUAUAUUUUGUGGCGAAUGUAAAUGUGUAAUUUGUAUUCCGUUCGGUUCGUCUGUGCGCGAGUGGCCAGUGCGUCGCGGAGUGGACGCGGUGCCGCCGCGCCGCCGCGGUGUAAGAGUGCAUAAUUUUUAUACGUAUCGUCGUAUGUAAUAUAGAUAUAAAUGAUAUAUGUUGAGCGUGGGAGGAUCCUGCAAUAUGCGUGCUGCAUUUCGAUGAAUAAGAAAGCAUUAAAGUUACACGGAUAGAUUUUUA